AUGUUGAUGAAAACCAUCAUUUUCGCUAUCCUGGCUGUCGGUGCGCUGGCGCAGGAAUUCACACUGCAACGGCUCCCAAGUAUAGAGUUGAAAAACAUGCUGACCACACAAUGCCAAAAGAAUGGUGCCGAAGACAAAGUCGACGAAGUUGAGAAUUCCGGAAAAGCUUUCGUUGAAUGCGUAAAGGGUCUAAUUGAUGUUGACACACUGAAGAGAGAAAUCGAGGAAGCCAGACCCAAUGGCGCUCUUGACGAAGUAUUCAAGAAGUAUUGUGCCAAGACUCCACAGCUGAAAUCAUGUAUUCACAAUCUGUUGGACGGCGUCACACCCUGCGUAGACACCGAGGCCAAAGGACACAUAACAGAAGCUAAGAAUGCUACUGAUCUCCUAAUAGAUUUCGUGUGCUACAAGGACGGUGACAGAAUUGCCUUAUUCAUUGCCGAGGGUGGUCCUCAGUGCUUCCAAAGCAAAGUCAACGAGAUUAAGACCUGCGGAGAUACCUUGAAGAACUCUGUCUCCAGUGUGGAGGAAGCUAAGAACCUCACAAUUGAACAACGUUGUGCCAAAUACGACGAGCUCGUGACCUGCGUAGUUGGUAAGCUGGAGACGUGCGACACCCCAACACCCUCCAACAUGUUUGAGUCACUCGCCAAAUACGUCCGCAACAGUACCCCCUGCCCAGUAAGUACCACUUAUAUUAUCAGCAUCUUAUAG